AUGACGACCUUCACAGACCGCAAGAUCAACUGGGAUGCCGUCAAGGACUUCUCUCCUAUCAAUCAGCGCCUCAAGCAGCAUCUCGUUCGAGUUUACUCGACCCUGGCCGCCACGCUCGCGAUGUCGGCCAUUGGUGCCUGGGCGCAUGUCGCCUACAAUUUGGGUGGCCUGAUCAGCUUCUUUGCCACCAUCGGCCUCAUUGCCAUGUUGCAUCUGACUCCCGCCUUCGAUGAGAAUGUGCCCAAGCGCACCCUCUUCCUUUUCGGCAUCGGUUUCUUCCAGGGCUGCUCGAUCGGCCCUCUCUUGGCCUACACCCUCGAGCUUGAUCCCCUCAUCCUCGUGAACGCGUUCGUUGGCACCUUCGCCAUCUUUGGCUGCUUCUCGGCGAGCGCCCUGUUCGCGCAGCGCAGGUCGAUGCUCUACCUCGGCGCCUUCCUGUCCUCGGGCCUCAGCCUCCUGUUCUGGGUCAGCAUCGCCAACAUCUUCCUCGGCACGGCGCUGCUCUCCAACGUGACCCUCUACCUGGGCCUCCUCGUCUUCUGCGGCUUUGUGAUGUUCGACACCCAGCUCGUCAUCGAGAAGUUCCACAUGGGCAACCAGGACUACCUCGCCCACUCGCUCGAGCUCUUCCUCGACUUCAUCAACAUCUUCGUGCGGCUGGUGGUCAUCCUGUCGAAGGACAAGAAGAAGAACAGCCGAAAGUAA